AUGUCCACACUUCUGCAAUGGGUGGUCCUUCAGAAAGGCUCCAGCUUCCUGAUCAAGACCAAUAAGCAGACAUACAGCGCUGGGCCCACUCAUCUGAAGGCCCACAACUCCUGCUAUAAUGGGCUGCUUCACCAGAAGACUGUGGGAGUGGAGCCCGCGCCCGAGGACAAAGGGGUCAUGGUGGUCAUAGGUCAGUGAAAACCAGCCACUUUUUACAUGAGGCCCACCAUCAACAAAAAUGCACAGGCCACCCUCAGCAGCAUCAAGCAUAUGAUCAGCAAGAACAAGUACCACCCUGAUCGGUGCAUGGUGGUCAUGUGCACAGCCAGUGACAUCCUGCCAAACCGGAAGAAUGUAGUCGUGAAGAGGAAACAGACUCGCCCAACCAAGAACGCCAGAGCCCCACACCCUGGAAGCAAUAAAGAAUUCACUGACUUUGUCAACCACCCCUACCAAAAAAAAAGGAGAGGAGGAGGAAGAGGAGGAAUGCGGCUAGAGUGA